CUCCAUAGCCGGACCGGCCCCGAACUCCGUUCCGCCGGCGAGGAUGCGGACAGCGGCGAGCGCUCGCGGCUCUGCGCCGCCGCCGCCGCCGCCGCCGCUGCUGCUGCUGCUGUUGGUGCUGCUUUGCCCGGCGCUGAGCUUCCCGGCCGAGCAGCCCGGUUUUCAGUCACUUUCUCAUCUGUCUUCCUACGAAAUUAUGGUCCCCGAGAGGAUAGAAAAAGAACAAGAAAGAGAACAGGCCCAACAUUUAGAGGACCAGUUAUCAUUCAGGGUUACAGUUGAAGGAAAACCAUAUACCAUUCAUUUAAGAAGGCACAAAGAUCUGGUGUCCCAAGACUUCACAAUUUACACCUACGAUGAAAGUGGAAAUCUGAAAACAGAAACUCCAGAUCUUCGGAACCACUGCCACUACCAGGGAUAUGUCGAAGGCGACUCAAGGUCUAUAGUUGCAAUCAGCACCUGCUUCGGGCUCAGGGGCUUGGUGCAGAUCCAGGACAUCCCCUAUGGAGUUGAGCCCAUCAACGACACAUUGCGCCAUGCUGUUUACCGGAUGGAGAACGUGAAGAAAGCGCCCGGGAACUGCGGCGUCUCUCAUCCGGACAGGAAGCGGGAAAGCGGAGAUGUUCGGCGCCAUCAGAAUGCGUCUCUAAUGGCAAGAAGGAAGAGAAGCGUUCUUCAACAGACGAGAUAUGUGGAGCUCUUCAUUGUCGUAGACAAAGAAAGGUACAAUUUGUUAGGCCAGAAUAAGACGGCAGUCAGAGAAGAGAUGGUGCAGCUGGCAAACUUUCUGGAUAGUAUCUACAUCAUGCUGAACAUCCGCAUCGUGUUGGUCGGCCUGGAGAUCUGGACGUCGGAAAACAAGAUCCGGAUGGAAGGAGGCGCCGGAGAUGUCCUGUCCAAUUUCGUGCAGUGGAGGGAGAGGGAACUGGUUCCCCGCCGACGGCACGACAGCGCCCAGCUUGUUCUGAGGAAGGGUUUUGGUGGCACAGCUGGGAUGGCUUACGUGGGCACCGUGUGCUCCAACAGUCACUCUGGAGGCAUUAAUGUGUUUGGACCCACCAGCUUGCAGGCGUUUGCAUCCAUCGUCGCUCAUGAGCUUGGCCACAAUCUGGGCAUGAACCACGACAACGAUAGAAACUGUCACUGUGAAACGGGGAACUGUAUUAUGAACUCUGGAGCAUCAGGUGCCAGGAAUUUCAGCACGUGCAGCGAGGAAGACUUUGAAAAGCUAACCCUAAACAAGGGCGGGAGCUGCCUCCUCAACAUCCCCAGGCCUGAAGAGACCUACAGCAUCCCAUACUGCGGCAACAAGCUUGUGGAUGCAGGAGAAGAGUGUGACUGUGGGUCAGUGGAGGAAUGUAAAUCUGAUCCUUGCUGUGAGGCAGGAACUUGCAGGCUUCGCUCAGGAUCUGGCUGCGGCUACGGAGAUUGCUGUAAAGAUUGUCAGUAUCUUUCCAAGGGCACCGUGUGCCGUGAGAGGGCCAGCGAGUGCGACCUCCCCGAGUACUGUAAUGGGUCUUCGGCCUUCUGCCCGCAGGAUGUCACUAUCCAGAACGGGCACCCUUGCCACCAAGACAAGGCCUACUGUUACGAUGGCGUUUGCCAGGAUUAUGAGUUGCAGUGCCAGAAUAUCUUUGGACCACAAGCAAAGGUUGCUCCCAAAAUCUGUUUCUCGGAUGUGAAUUCCAAAGGCGAUAGGUUUGGAAACUGUGGAUAUCAGAACCGCGAGUACAAGAAAUGCUCAAGCUGGAAUGCCAUGUGCGGCAAGCUGCAGUGUGAGAAUGUGGAAAACUUGCCGGUCUUUCGGAUCAAGCCCGCCAUUAUCCAAACUCCUAUCAAAGACACCACUUGUUGGGGCGUUGACUUCCAGCUAGGAUCCGACGUGCCGGAUCCUGGGAUGGUGAAUGAAGGCACCAAGUGCGCACCUGGAAAGGUCUGCAAACACUCCCAGUGCGUUAACGCUUCUGUCUUAGAUUACGAUUGUGACAUCAAGAAUAAAUGCAACGGACGUGGGGUCUGCAACAGCAAUAAAAAUUGCCAUUGCAGUUCGGAUUGGGCCCCUCCCUACUGUGAUUCUCCUGGAUAUGGGGGCAGUAUAGACAGUGGACCUACAUACAACGACAGCAAUGUGGCUGCCCGAAACUGGAUCCUGGCAUUUGUGUUUAUAGUUCUUGCCAUCGUGAUAGUUGUACUCAUUCUUUAUCGUACCAAAAAUAAAAGAACUCCUUUCUGGUUGCCACUCAUGGACACCUGUUGCAGAUGCUUUCGCAGGUCGGAUGUCGGUAGGCAGCAGGCGGUUCGAAACGAAUGUCCACGCAACUUUCCGUAUUCUUCCAGAAGUGCAUCAUCAUCCGCGGUAGUGUCGUCCAUGGACCAACAGGGUGUCCCGCCAAGGCCUCCACCCCCAGUGGUGAAAACUUCGAGAGCACCGGAAAAGCUUUUGCCCUCCCGACCGGCACCUUUGCCCCCUGUAUAAAACGUCUUCAUUUACCUUUUGCAAGCCUGCACCCCCUCCUACUCCUUAAGACCCAGAUGCCUCAACUGUCCGUCAAGCGACUCUGGAAACCAUCUUUUAUUCCUUGGUGCCGGAAUAAGAGGAAAUGAAAUGCGGAGGCGACCACCAAACGCCAAGAAAACCAAGGAAUGUAAACUCACAUGAAAUACCUCUCUUCCGGGAUCUCAAAUCACUGAGAUUGUCAAAAAAAAACACAAAAAAACGGCAUUUGGGCUGCAUUGCUGGGCCGUGUCAGCUUGAACCAGGAACAAUGUUUUGGAUCCAAGGGCCUCUUCCUUCUUUUGACGGUUAGAUUUAAUUGUUCUGACCCAGCCUUAGCAGAAGCAAGAAACAGACGCCUUGUUCCGAAAAACCCCUCUUGAUUUACCUCUUGUGAAUUAAUGGCAUUCACCCACCAAAAAGUCCAGGGAAUAGUCCUUCCAAGAGUUAACGGCAGCAACAGACCUUAUUCGUUCCUUGCGACAAUUGCAAGGCCAGUAAAACUGCAAAUUAAGUUCUGGCAAGCAGUCUCUGAGGCGUGAAACACGAUGAGCCAAAUCUACAGAAAUCCAAACUAUUGUCUCCUACAACCACCACUCCCCUUUCCUUCUAUUUAUUUCCCAGUCAGGGAGGGGCCAUUCAACAUCCACGUGUGCUUUGCUUCCCGGGGUCGACUCCCUGACCUCCGUUGUUCCCCUCUCCUAACAGCUCUGCGCAUACAUGCGUCUGGAACAGGCUCCAGCUGUUCUUCCUCCUCACUCAUCUCAGUCUCCGACGGCAGCUGCCUUUCUGGUGGCUGGUAAAUGUCGGACGGCCCCGGCUCUGUAUCUGCGUCCGAUGCAGAGCAUCUAUCAGAGCCUUUCCCAGACUCCAGCAUUGGCCCAAAUUCCUCCCCAACCUCCUCAUUGUCCAAUUCAUCGUCCACAACAUUAAUCAGGUGAUACUUGACGCAUACAAUCCCACCCACCGUCCCGCUAAUCCCUUGAGGGGUUUUUUCUCUCCAGAAAAUGAAAUAAGUCGAGGGAAGAGGGGCCUAACUAUUUUUAAGGCCUAGUACAACUGAUCAAGAAGCCCGGUUCCAUUUCACUAAAACCUACUUUACAGUCCCGGAAAGCGUCAUUAUGGGAAGCAAAUGUAGUUCAACUUGAUUUUGGGGUGGGUGGGUGGGUGGGUGAGGAAUCAGGUAUGCGCAGCCCUAAUUGUGGGGUGCAGGGUCCUGUCCUUUCACAUCUCGUGCCUUGGGAGUAUUGGAUGCAAACAAACAGGUGUGUUUAAAGGUGCGUGUGGCACUUGAAAUGAUGUACGGCCUAAAAAAUUUUAAGGCUUGCAUGUCGUAUGCUUUGGGUGUGCAGCUGUCCUUCAAAAUACAGGCUGGCAAGUUCUUCCUGAGGCAAGUUUGACAGCUGCACUUUCCCCGAAAAGUUAUCACCUGUCUUCACCUGUAGUUCUGAGCUUCGGUCCAAGGUCCAACCCAGGAACGGGAGCAACUUUUAAAAUUGCUUUUUUGCGUGGAUUGGGAGUUUCUUACCUGAAAAUGCAUGAAGCUAAACACACCUGAGAAAAUGUGAAGCAUCAUGGCUGUGCAACUGUGUCCUUCUCUGCUUCGAAGCCAGACCCACAGAAUUCAAUAGGACUUUUGUUCAGUGGGUGUGUGAUGACAAGCUUAAUCCAAGCAGGCUACCAGCCAAGGGCUGUUCUCGAUUGUUCACUGCUAACACUGACAUUGUUUUCUUUUUUUUUUAAUGAAACAAGAGAGAAGAAUUGGCAGGAAAAGAGGAGAUUAUAAUAAAUAGAAGACGAUCCAUCAUCCUACUCAGGGGUGUGUGUAUA